AUGGCAGACUACGUUGCCCACUAUUUGAUAGCCACCGGUUGCAACAUCAACUCAUUAGACCACUUCGACAAUUCGCCAUUGACAAAUGCGAUUGAGUCGAAUAGGGUCAGCUUGGCCAAAAUCAUCUUGCAGGCAGGUGCUGCUCGUAGUAAUUGUUGUUACAAGGAUGGGUACGGACCCCUCUUUUUAGCUAUUAAAAAUGGGCACAUUGGCAUGGUGAAAAUGCUUCUGAAAAUGGGAUUCAGAGUAUCCGACAGGAACUUUGUGAAUGAAACUCCGUUACAUGUUGCUGUUAAGCUCUAUUCAGGUAACGUGAGAAUACUACAAGCUUUAAUCGACGCAGGUGCAGACGUAAAUGCAAGGAACAAAAAGGGUUGCACACCCUUGCAUUUUGCUCAAAACGAAAGUGCAAUGGAAGUGCUCUUGAAAAAUGGCGCAGACGUCCACGCAACGUCGGACGUGGGUGAAACGCCGUUGCAUACCAUCGUAGCUGGUGACGUAAAUCUUAGGGCGUUGAAAACCCUCAUCAUCGCUGGAAGCAAUUCAAAUUGUCUCGAUAACAAAGGAAGAGGCGUAAUUCACAAAUCGUUCAUGACCUUUCGUCACCACAGACAAGUAUUAAAGAUUUUGGUGGACAAUGGUGCUUCUGUCAACACAAUCGACCACGAUGAUCUCGAUCCUCUCACUUUCGGCAUAAAACAAUUGCAAAUUGAUACGCGUCAUUAUGACGAUGAUGACGACGACCACUUUUCUGACGAUUCAAAUCGGAUCCCACUUACAACUGUUUGGAUGGAAGAAUUAAUAAAACUCGGUGUGAAAGUAUCCCGGAGAAAUUUCAAUAAAAGUCCUCUCCGUUUCGCUCUUUCUUACGCUCCCUACAGUGGAUUAGUGAGCUUUUUACUAAGUAAAGGAGCAACGUUUGACUUCAAGAACAGAUUCGUACUUGAUGUAUUGAAUCAAGAAAAAUUACGUAAAACUAGUUAUGUUUUAAUUAGUCACGCUGCAAUUUUCAUGAUAAAACAUGUAAAUAAUGGACCAAGAAAUUUUACUGUAAAAAUAUUGAAUGACCAACAGCGGAGUUAUUACGCUGAAUGCAUUCGUGAACUGAACUUUAUGAAAAACAAGAAAAUACUCGAGACGAACGUUACUUUGCUUGAACUUUUUCUGGAUAAGUCUAUAGCCCGUUACGCACGAGAUGAAAUUAUGAUAAGUGCUAUAGAAAUAGAGCUGAAAACCACACUGUUGCCGAUUUAUGGAAAAAGAUUGGCCAAACGAUUUUUUGACGAGAAAGAGAAACAAAGUCUUACUUCAGGAGCUUUUAGAGGUCUCGAACGUGUUUUGAAUAUUAGUCGAUAUUCUUGUAUAACGAUUUUUGAUAAUAUUAAUAAGUAUUUAAAUGAGGAUGACAUGGUUGCCUUGUCAAAGAUUUGA